UUUAUUCUGUCAACCAUGACCUCACAUCUUUAAAAUAUAUAAAUUUUCAGGGGGAAACAGGAAAAAUGUCUGCCAGUGAUCCCAAUUCCGCAAUAUAUGUGACUGAUUCUGCAAAAGAUAUAAAGAACAAGGUAAACAAGCAUGCAUUUUCUGGUGGGCAAGAUUCGGUUGAGAAACAUAGGCAAUUGGGGGCAAAUCUUGAGGUAGAUAUACCAAUCAAAUACCUAACUUUUUUCUUAGAAGAUGAUGCUGAACUUGAACACAUUAAAAAGGAAUAUGGAGAAGGGCGCAUGCUAACGGGUGAGGUAAAGCAACGGCUAAUUCAGGUCUUGACUGAAAUAGUGGAGAGACAUCGUAGGGCUCGGGCUUCUGUGACUGAAGAGAUGGUGGAUGCAUUUAUGGCUGUCAGACCACUUCCUCACAUGUUUGACUGAAGUCAUCCAGCAUUUGUUUGCCCAAAAUUGCUGAGAUCCACUUGUUUGCCAACCGGAGCUUUUUCUCACCAUGAAAAGGAGUUUUCUACUACGAUUUUGUUGCAUAGACUUGCUAUCAUCAAAAUUUGUACCAUUUUUUACUACCAUCUGACAAUUAAAAUGGUAAGGAACUUGGUUCUUUUGAGUUAUAUGAAAGGAAAAAAAUUGAUUAGCAUUGGAAGACCUUUGUCAUCUCGAGUUUGCAGUUUAAUUAGGCUCGAGUUGGUUAACGUAUGAAUGAAGUUCUAUAAAAUGCCAUAAUAGAUUUUGUAAUUAACAUUAUCUUUUCUGUUAUAACUGCAAGACGAUUGAAAAGUGUUCGUGAAUUUAGAGUCGAAGACCACAGCACAGUUUUAUGGAUACAAGAUGCAUUCGGAACUUUUUAUGAUCCCACCAGUAAAAGAUUGAUUUUAUGUUUCUUGUAACCCAUCGUUACAAUGAAGUGUCUGUAUAAUAUUUUUAUUUUAAUUCACACUUUCUCGAUUCAAAUUUAAGGGAAAUAUAGUUAUGAUUGAUGGA